CAAGGUGCGUGGCGACGCUGGGGACGUCAGCGUGCCCUGCGUGCUACUCUCUUGCUUUCGCUCGCUGGCUGGCUGGCUCCCCCCUCCCCCUCCCCCCAUGCAGCUUUGAGGAGGCGGCAGUGGCGGCUCACGGGCAGCCCUGGGCCUAGUGGAAGGGGCCGGGCUGGCGCGGGUAGAGAAGCUCCGGUCGCCAUGGAGGGGAUGGAUGUGGACCUGGACCCCGAGCUGAUGCAGAAGUUUAGCUGUUUGGGAACCACCGACAAGGACGUGCUCAUUGGCGAGUUCCAGCGGCUGCUCGGCUUUCAGCUCAGCCCGGCUGGCUGCGCCUUCUUCCUGGACAUGACGAACUGGAAUUUACAGGCAGCCAUUGGAGCUUAUUAUGAUUUUGAGAGUCCAAACAUCAAUGUACCCUCCAUGUCGUUUGUAGAGGAUGUGACCAUAGGAGAAGGAGAGUCCAUCCCUCCGGAUACCCAGUUUACAAAAACGUGGCGGAUACAAAAUACAGGGACAGAAGCAUGGCCCCCAGGUGUUUGUCUUAAGUAUGUUGGGGGAGACCAGUUCGGUCAUGUGAAUAUGGUGAUGGUCCGGUCACUGGAGCCUCAGGAGAUUGCAGAUGUCAGUGUGCAGAUGUGCAGCCCUAGUACUGCUGGAAUGUAUCAAGGACAAUGGCGAAUGUGCACUGCCACAGGACUCUACUAUGGAGACAUCAUCUGGGUGAUUCUCAGUGUGGAAGUUGGAGGACUUUUAGGAGUAACACAACAGCUGUCAUCAUUUGAAACAGAGUUCAACACACAACCACAUCGCAAGGUAGAAGGAAAUUUUAACCCGUUCGCCUCUCCACAGAAGAACAGGCAACCAGAUGAAAACAACUUAAAAGACCCUGGGGGUUCCGAGCUAGACACAAUCAGCAAAAACACGUGGGGUUCUGCUCCUGACCAAAUUGAACAAGAUCAGACUGAACUGUCACAAAACUCUGUAAAUCUCUCCCCCAGCAGUCACUCGAACAACUUAUCAGUAGUGACAUACAGUAAGGGUUUUCAUGGCCCUUAUCCCUUUGGACAGUCUUAAAAACAAAAAACGGGUAUCGUCGAGAAGAAAUUUGCAAAGAACGGACUUGAGAGGGAAGGGGAGUUCUUGUGGCUUAUAGAAGAUACAGCAUGAACCCCCUUCUUGGUCUCCAUAUCCUGGGAUAAGAAGAAAACAAUAACUUAAGACUAGCUGUUUCCAGAAAAAAAAAACUAAAAAACUAAAAGUAUGCAUGUGUGAAUGCUGAAUUUCAAGAGUGCUGUUCAGUGCUAUGAGAGAGAAAAAUACACCAAUGUUUUUGUUUAGAAGUCAUUGUCACAGUUAAUUAGGUAGCUGAAAAGAAAUUUUAAGAAAAAAAUUAAAAUGAAAAAGCCAUCUCUUUUUAAAAAGAAAAAAUUAUUUUGCCUACAGAGUGGUUGUAGUCUGAGCAAAUGUUUUUUUUUUUUUGGUUUUGUUUUUUUGUUUCUUGUUCACUUUUCAAAAAGGGACAGCGUGCAUUUUUACAGAGAUAUGCUUGCUAUGAAAUGGAAGCUUGCUUGGCAUUUCUUGAUUAGUGCAGUCGCUGCUUCUAUGUCUGGUAGUAUUAAUUUCUAGCAGGAUCAAUAUCGAGACCCAUAAAUGUUAGUUUUUUUAAAAAAAAUCUGCUGUUGGCUUCAUUCUUCACGGCAUGAAAUGCAUUUGUCAUGUGCUAGUUGUCUUAUCGCUGAUAAAGUUACUUAGACUCAGUUUUACCAUUCAUGAAUGAGGUAAGUUGAUGCAGAGAGCGGGAGGACUGAAAUGAUGGAGGCUCCCCAUGUGCUAUGAAUGUGCACAUGCUCUGUUAGAUUUCCAGUUUUCUCUGGGUGGUUUAGCAUAGCCUCGUGUUCAUUAAUGUACAGUAACGGUCUUUGAGACAGUUAUGCAUGUAUAUGUCAGUUUUGUGCCAAGAAGAAAAUUUUAUUUUUAGAAUUGUAGAGUGCUGAUGAUUAAACGUCAUGUCACUUCUAUGUAAAUUUAACAUUUUCAUUUUUAUGUUAGGGUUACCAGUUUAUCAGGGAUAAAGAAACUAAAUUGCUUUGCAUAUAUGAGAGAAAGAAUGGUCACCUGCCACUCACAAUAAUUUCUUCUUUAUCAGCUCUUUUUGUUUUUGUAAUAUUGAUUUUCUUGCCUGGGCUCUUCGUGUGUUUGUAUGUGUGUCUCAAAGGUAAAGCUGUUUUAGGGUCUAGCUAUGUGGAGCCCAUGAAGAAUGAUAGCCAUAUUUAACUGAGGCCAAGCAGUCCAAUUUUAUUGGAAAAAGUAGCAGAGCCUGGUCUCUUGAAAUUCCUGGGUUCUGCAUCAGUGUAAGGCUUUGAAAGAAGAGGGGAUACAGGAGGGGGGUUCUGUCUAAUUCAGAAACUUGAACUAGGCCACAGCAGCCAUCUGCCAAAGAUAGAACAAUAUGCAAUGCCCCCUUCCUUUUUUCUCACUCAAAAGACCAAACUGCCUACUCUGUUUGUGUGAGAAAGUAAUGGAUGUGUGAAUAUGUAUUGAUGGGAGUAAUACAGAAUGCUGUAGGGCCCAUAGUAACAUACUUCAAGGUACCUUGUUUUAUUGGUUGAUAGAAAGGCCCUGUUUAAUAUUUGUGUUGAUCACAGUGUUCCUCCCCACUAUAACAUAUGGAUAGCACCGGUAAAGUCUAAACAGAUGUGGCUGGGAUCCUCCAGGCUAGCACUUGGGUAUUUAGUUUUCUAGGCUCAAUUGAGCAUCUGAUUUUGUGUUUUCGAUUUUGGAAAGUAUGUAUAAUUUAAUUUUGUGUUGCUAGUCUCCUUUGAACUGCACAUCAAUAUAGUUAUAAACUUCAGACAUACUACUUUAAGGCACUAAUCCUGAAGGAAUAAUUCAUGAUUUUGUAAGAAUUAGGAAGCACCUUCCUUUGCUUUUUGAGCUUUUUUCCAGCUUGGCUUUGGGAACUUUAAUCUUCUUAAGCACUAUUCUCCAAAUGCAAAAGAUGAUAUAGAACCUGAUUAUGUGUAGCAUUAUUCAUGAUUAUUGGUUUUAAUUACUUUUAAUUUUUCUUCCUGCUCUAGGCAAGCCACAUCCUUAGGGGUCAAGUAGAAGGAUGGAUAAAUGUGAUUUUCUGUCAGAGAGUGUAUAUUCUGAUAGCAACAUUAACAGUUUUAAAGUGGUGACAACUGGCAACUGCCAAACAGAGUCAAAAUAGCUUCAGUUUUAUAUGCAGAUCCGUUACUCAGACUUCAUCCCUCCAAGCUGCCAGCUCUUGUGGAGUCUGCAAGGAGAGAGCUGUUAACCUACUUCUACCUACCAUUCCCUUAUAGUACCAAAAGCUAACUUGUAACCCUCCAGUGGCUGUGAGUUUGCAGCUUGACAUCAGCCUGAGGCAAUGUUGCCAAAUGUGAGGGAUGAUGGAAGUUUCUGUUCCAAACCCUCUGGAGGGCCACAUAUUUCCCAUAAAUGUUUCCCAUAAGCAUGUGGAGGUAUGCAUUCUUUAGAAGUCACUGUAGAUGCUGUCGUCUCCCUUGAGUGCUACUCAACGAAAGAGUCCAAAAGUACAGCCAUUGCUCAGGCAGAUUGCAUUAAACAGUUGUCCUUUUAUUGUCAUUAGUUCCUGAGGUGUUUCAAAGGACAAACAUUGUUUUUUUCUCUUUGGGGAUGAUCUCUAUAAAUAAUUACAUAGGGCUCAUACAAGUAUGUUGGUAUUUUGAUAAAAGUAAUAAUCCUUUCAUUGAUGAAAAUGGAAAAAUGUUUAUAUUGCUCAUUGCUCUGCCUCUUGUUUCUUUUUCAAAUAUUCUUCCUAUGAUAACAAAAUAUAUUUUAUUACUUACUGUACUCGUUAGGACAUAGAUUUAAAUUCAUUAAUUUUUGAACUAUUUCAUGAUGAUUUUUGAGCUACAGAAAUGGAUGAUGACAAAACUAUGUUAACUGAUUAGGAUUAUCACUUUCAAAUGUGGAAAGGUAAGGACAUCUUUGUGACUAGGCACAAUGACUUUUUUCAGACACACGUAUUACGUAUCUUACAACUAUCAGGAAAACUGAUGGUACUGGAUGCCACUCCCACCCCCUUCAAGUGGAGAUACUGUGACUUCUACAGUUUGCAGCAGAUGGAAACUCAGUAGAUGUAGCUUUACAGAGCGUGGAUGUGCAAUACAGUAAUGAGGGAUAACUGCACUUGUAAAAUUGCUGCAUGUCAAAGAAUUUUAAAGGUACAAGCCUUUAAGAUGGCAAUACAAACUGGUGCUUAGGUUUACAUCCCUUUUUAAGCUGGCAUCACUCAACACCUUUUCCAGUACAGUCAUGAAGGGGAAAACUAUCCUGUCAAAUAUGGAAUUACAUGCAUGCUUAGAUUGUCACUAUUAGGUACAUUUGAAGGUUGUGAGUGGCUCUCAGAUUCUUGCAAUUAUAACAAAGCAAACAGUCCAUCCAUCUUUUAAAAUGGUGUAUGUGCAUCAACUUCUAUCUACACAGUUAUUAAGAAAAUGAUAUUAAUAAAACAAUCCUUAACUCCCUUUACCAAUGUAAUACAUCCUGCUUGGUCACGAAAAGAUGCUAAAUACUGCUUGAUCUGUGACCCUCUUCCUGAUCUUAGUAGUAUAGUAAACUACCUUCACUCUCCCAGACUUAGCCUCAUACAGCAAGUGCAGUUGGCUCUGUCUCCUCAUAUAUUUAGUGAUUUGUUCUGGAAGAAAAUAUGAUGGAUUUCCAGGGGGACAAAGUAACUGUAAAUUUAACAAGGGGAAGUUUUAGUUUAUCUUUCAUAGUGUUUUAUUUGCAAAGUUUUUAAAAAUGUAAACUUAACCAUAGCUCAUGUUAUUGGAAAAUGUGCUGGUACACCUCUGUAUUUGAUAAUAUGACUUAUAAAAGAGUGUCCACUCUUCCCACUGGAAAACUGAGCUGAUUUGAGCCCUCUGGCUGAAAAUAAACUCUGUCUCUGUUUGCAGAUGGGUAUCAAGUAUGCACGAGCAGGUAAAGCCUACGCUUUUGUGUUGAUUUGGGGCAGGGGAAGGUGAAGAGUGUAUCCUGAGGCCUCAAGGAUUUGUACUCAUCCCUCCCCCAGCUGCAGCUGAACACAUUCUAAAUUGCUAUAGGUACAAAUAUAGGUCAAGUUUUCUUAGGCUAAGAAAUGCACGCUGUCCCAUGUCUGGGUUUCCAUAGUUUUUUCUCUUGUAUGAAUGAGUGGUUGAUUCUGCAGCCUGUCUUUAUUCUCUCUGGGGGGAGUGCAUGUGUAGAGCAGGAUGGUGUGUUGCUUUAUUGAGUCUGGGAAGAAUCUGUGAUAGCACAUUGUGGGGGAAAAUAAAGAUGCUUUUUCCUUAAUGUAUAAAUGAAUAUUUGUAUGAUUAAAUUAACACAAAACAA